AUGACAGAGUUGUAUUUUCUACGUCACGGAGACCGAAUAGACCAUGCUUUAAAGACAGACCCAGAGGCUAAACCAAUUACAGAAGAUUACCACGCAUAUGAUCCUUCAUUGGCAACCUCUGCUAUUCCGCAGUUGCAACAGGUUGUUGAAGACAUUUGUUCCAACACAGAAGCAUUUCAGGAUAAGGAGUCAUCACUACGGAAGAAUGUAUAUAUCCAUUUCAGUCCUUAUCUAAGGUGCUGUCAAACUGCAGACAUAUUGAUCACUGAGUUAAAGGCAAAAUUUGCCCAACAAUUUCCAAAUUACAAGGUGCGUUUCCAAUUACUUGGUGACUUUGCGUUAAGUGAAUGGGUCCAUGAUAAAAUGACCAAUAAACCUCCCUUUGUUGAUUCCAAUGACGCUUACAAUAUGUACACUCCCAAUCUAAAAACUUUGAAAAAUAAAAAUGCUUGUUCCAAUUUUAGGCCAACAGUCACUUUGGGUCAAUAUAAUGGACCUAAUUUAACUUACAAAGAAUACCAAGCAAGAUGCAAAGAGUAUUUCCAGAAAUUGUUGGCAACAUACGACAAACAAUCAUAUAUCAAGAACAAGGAUGUUAUUAUUAUUGUGUCUCAUGGAUAUUUGAUCAACAAUCUAAUGUCUUAUUUUAUCAACCACCCUAUAUUUGAAGAGAUUCCCGAGGCAAAGAUUAAUUUGGCUAGGAGAUUGAAACGCGACGAAGUGGUGGACGAAGCUGAAGAAUUCGAUCCUCGAAAUUACUACUGGAAACUCGUCAAGGAUGCACUUGGCAUUUCUGGGAGAGAAGGGAUUGACACAGGCUUAAACUUGGAAACAGACAUUGUAUAUUAUAAAACAAACUUCAUUAAAAAGGAUGAUCUUAUUGAUAAACCCAAGGAAGCAGAUAUAAAGGAUGAAUAUAAGCCAAGAGCUUCAUUCAAGAUUGAGUCUACGUCAGCUUCAAAAAGUGUCAAUGGAUUACCACCAGCAAGACAUAAUUACCUUUGUCCUGCAGCAAAGGACUGGAUUCCUGAUAAAAAGCAUUUUAUGAUCAGAGCAGAAUUUAAAGAAAAAAUGAUGAAUUGUGAAGCUUUUAAAAAGGGGUUUGCCAUAACUAAUCCGCCUUCAAAAAGAGUAAGUCCAGAUGUGUCACCCAAUUCGGCACCGUCAAAAUCGAACUCGGUAAUUGAUUUAUCAAAGAUUUUGAGUAAUGAGUCUGUACAACCAAUUAAAUUGAAGUAUUCAAACACUUCAGAAAUACCCAUCCAUAAACUCAACUCCCGAGUCAAUUCACAGGUCAAUCUACAACAAUAUAGCAACACUCGACCCACAAUGUCGUCAUCUUCGGCGGAAAAUUCUUCCACUGAUCUUCCAAAAUACGUGUCUUCCCAGCUUCAAAAUAGAAAUAGAUCCAGUUCCAAUCCAAACUCAUCAGUAUUUGUUGCCCACCAUACCAAGGAUUCGUAUUUCCCACAAGUGAUUAACCGAGUGAGGUCUAAUGAAUCUGAUAUGUCAGUUGACUCCAUUAGUGACCAAAGCGUUGAUGAAUUGGAUAUUAUUAAAGAACAUCAUGAACCUCCCACUGCCGCCGCCGCCGCUGCUGCUGCGGCAGCAGCUAACCGAUCAUCACCUAUUGAAACUUUGAACCGGGCUCGAUCAUUGAAUAAAAAGAGAAUUAACAACCCAUUAUUUUUGUCUUAUCAACAAAAGAAGUCGCAAAAUCAAUUGCCUCAAAGUUUCACCAUGAAUUCUGACUCUGCUAAUAAUAGUAAUGAAAACAGUGGUGAUGAUGAAUAUGAAGGAUCAGGUUCAGGCUCAGAUUCAGGCUCAGAUCGUGAUGAGGAUGAUGAGGACAACGACAACGGUGAAAGAACGAGCAAUUCUCGUAGUGAGGGGUCGCUUAAUUCAAAUGAAGUGAGGCCACUUUCAUUAUCGUUCAAGAAUAAACAAGGGAAGCCCUCUGUACCUCAAUCACCUCCCAGAAGGAAAUCAGGGCCAAGAAAGAACUCGGUUAAGUAUUACUCGUCCUUUUCAAAUGGGCACCAACAACUGCAACUGCAACCUCAACCUCAACCUCAACAGCCUCAACAACAACCGCAGCAGGGACAAGGUGGUGAAGUUAAAAAGGCUAGACCUUUCUUUUACAAUUUUGAAACUGAUGGAGAUGGCAGUGAUGAUUCUGAAGAUGAUUACCCUAUGAAAUCACCAAAUGCUAAUACAAGAGGAAAUAACUCCAAUAAUAAUGAUGGGUUCUGGUUUGGUAAGAACAACUAA